ACUCUUCACCUCGUUGUAGAUUUGAUAUCAAUGCCACAAUAAUUAUUUUAGAGUCUAGAGAGGUAGAUACGUGAGAAAGCUUGUGUUAAUGCUAACCUAACAAUAUUGCUUGGCAAUUACUACAAUUGAUUAGACUUAAACCAACAUGUCUAGCCAUUAGUUUCAUUUUUGUGUCAAAUAGUUUCAUUAAACUAGUAUAUUCUUAAUAUAUUUGGAUAUAUAAAUCAUAAAAAAUAUUUUUGUCAAAUUUAUGCAUUGUAAAGUUAUAAUAUAUCAUUCUUAUAUAUAAUAAAUGACUACACAUUACAAAUAUAUAUAAUUUGAAAUUUGUGUUUGAAAUAAAUUGACAAAUAUUAAAACAACAUAUACAAACUGAUAUUAAUAAAAUAAAAUUUAUACAAAAAUAUAUUAUAUAAAAAUUAUAUGUUUUUGUAUAGAUAUAUGAUAUUUUUCAACGUGCGACGGAUUUGCUAGGAUAAAAAUGUUGUUGCUAUUUAGCGAUAUUAGUAUUUGUAGCUAGUUGUUGCUAAAUAGAAUAAUGUUGGCUACGACUUUUGUUGUAGCUAAAGUGUAGCUAUCUAGCUACGGAUCGCCGACGGAAUCUGUCCCUAGCUAUAUAGCUACGGAUUGCUACGAAUUGCUACGGAUUUAGCUACAAAAAUAAAAUUAUGUGUUCCGUCACUAUCUUUCGCCAUUUCUGUCGCUAAAUUAUUUGGCUACGGAAAUACCUUCGCCAGUCCGUAGCUAUUUUGAUAAAUUCUUGUAGCGUUUGUUCAAUUGCAUUAUCAUAUCAAAUAUACUAACGGGGAAUUAGUGAGAAUUGUUUUUUUUUUUUGUUGGUUAUUAUAAUUCAUAUAUUUUGUCUGUUAUUGGUAUAUAGAUUCUACAGUUUUAAGGAAAUUCAUUAUAGUAAUUUUUAGUUGUAAUAUUUUUUGAAAUUCACACUUAUUAAUUUGAUGACUUCUAAAUCCUGUUUAAAAUGUGAUUUUAUAAUAAUUCUAAUAAAAUUUAGUUUUAUAAUUUAAGUUAUUAAUCACAAGAAUAUUAUGGAUAUUCAUUGGCUUUCUUAAAGUUGUUAACUUUCUACAAACUUAGCAUAGCUCUAUGAAAAUUUAACAAAUAUCCGAACAUUGAAAUUUAACCACCUCUGUCAAAAUUGAAGUCUCACUAAUCCCUUAAUAUUCUUUUCAGAUUUAAGUUUCUUCCAUUAAGAGUAACUUGACCUAUUUGUUUUCUUUACGUACAUAAGCUUUCAACUUAACUUGACCUCUAAUUUUCUCAGAUUUAAGUUUCUUCCAUCACAAGUAACUUGACUUGCUUCUUUUGUUUUACUUGUAUCAGGUUUCAACUCGAACUCCAUACAGCUGGUAUGAUAGCAGCCAGCUUUGGUAUGGCUAACUUCUUCGCCCGUCCUAUUGGUGGCUUGGCAUCAGACGUGUCGGCUAGGUUUUUCGGUAUGAGAGGGAGGUUAUGGACCCUUUGGAUCUUACAAACUUCUGGUGGUGUUUUCUGUGUUUGGCUCGGCCGUGCCAUUUCACUUCCUAUAGCUAUUUUAGCCAUGAUGCUUUUUUCCUUUGAUGUAAAAGCUGCUUGUGGGGCCAUCUUCGGCAUCGUUCCUUUUGUCUCGCGCCGCUCUCUAGGAAUAAUAUCAGGACUGACCGGCGCAGGAGGAAACUUUGGGUCGGGUCUAACUCAACUGGCCUUUUUCUCGUCAUCAAGAUUCCAUACUGCAGAUGGUUUGUCGCUGAUGGGAAUUACAACGAUGAUAUUUACGCUUUUGGUUGCGUUUAUACAUUUUCCACAGUGGGGAAGUAUGUUUUUAGGACCAACAAGUGACAGUAGAACAUCAAAGGAAGAGCAUUAUUAUGCGGCGGAGUGGACUGAGGAAGAGAAGCUGCAAGGAUUGCAUGAAGGCAGUCUAAAGUUCGCAGAGAAUAGUAGAUCUGAAAGAGGCAAAAUGGCAGCUCCGGACAGCACCUCCACACCGCUGGAAAAUGAAAAUCCGGCUAAUGUUUAGUUAUGGAAUAUUAUUUUCAUCUCCUACAUAACUACACAUAAAAUAAGUGUUCUAUAUAUAUCCAAGGAGCACAAAUACAUUCAUUUCAUCAAAUUGAAUUAAUUUUUUUUUUGUCUGGCUUGUUUCUUGUUAUAUAUGAAGUUUUAUUAAUUCAAAGUAAUACAUUCAUUUCAUCAAAUUGACA